AUGCCUGAAUGCAUUGUUAUUGGAUGUCUAAGUUCGACAAAGAAAGGUCGAUCGAAUCCAUCAGUAUCUCUACACGUUUUCCCGAAAACACAUGAGAGAAUAAGGCUAUGGCUGCGUCAAACUAAUCAAUAUAGACCAGAGGAAAUUGAACAAAUGGUUCAAUUGGUUUAUGAAACAAACAAGUCAUCAAGAUAUAGAAUGUGUUCUCUUCACUUUCAUCCAGACUCAUACUACACACACGGAGUGAGUCGUUAUUUGAAAGAUACAUCUAUACCGACAAUAUUUCCAUCCAGAAUAUAUAAUUCUGGAAAUACUUCUGCAACUGUUGAAUCUUCAAGAGUGCCAACCGAACAAACAAACUUGCCAUCUACUUCUAUUGCCUAUGAACCUUAUGUGUAUGAAACUCGUGAAAGAAUUCACAUAUGCCACGCAUGUGGCCAACAUGUGAAUCAGACUAAAGUUGAUGCUACAACUAAUACAGAAAAUAAAAAUCAGAAGGAUCAAUCAACUGAUUUUAAUCCCUUAUACGCUACAUUAAAUGCCAGUGUUCAAACUAUUCCAACUAUUUCAAAAAAUAAGACUAGAUCGACCACCACCAAAGACUUAAACAAAAUGAUAGAUAAGUACACUUGGACAAUGGGUGACGUCGGUUCUGAAUCAAGCGUUUCUCAAUUUACAUUUUCUCAACCUACUAUGCACAGCUCUACCGAAAUUCAAAGUGCUAUGAUUUCUCCAACAUCAGAAUCCAAUAUGGAUAUUGUAUCAGGUACUGAAUUUGAAGCACAAGCAUCAAUUGAUAAUGAAAAUCAAGGAAUCGCUAUUGUUCAAGAACAAGAAACAUUAAAUACAGAUGAAGAAAGCAUUGAAAGUUUAGAAAUUUCUCCAAUUCAACCAAUGGAUGAAGAUUUGAAAGACAUCACUUAUAAUCCAGAAACAACAGAAGAAACAGCGGAUGAAUUUUCCAUUUUAUUUGAUAAAACAAAUGAAGAUUAUGUCCGUGAACGUAAAUUUAUAGUCUUUGAAAAUUGCCUUGAUGACAUUUUAAAAUUAAUACCAUGCCAGUUCAAAAUUACAUGCAACGCACCAAUUAUGUCGAUUAAUAAACGAUUGGUUGGAACAAUGCUAGUUGUGACUGGGGAUUGUGAAGCAAAACACAAUAGCACACUGUGGGUGAGUCAACCCACAAUAGGUAAUCGACCAAUUGGAAAUAUCAUGGCAUGUUCUUCUAUUCUCUUUUCUGGCAAUCAGUUUGACAAGAUUCAUGAACUUUUUGAAUAUUUUGGAGUGUCUUUUUAA